AUGGAAAAAGAAGUUUGGUUGGGAAAGAAGUUGUCAGAUCCGGUUAAAACUGUUGAGGAUAAAUGGCAAUUGUUACCUGCAUUUUUAAAAGUCAAAGGAUUAGUCAAACAACAUAUUGAUUCGUUUAAUUAUUUUGUGGAUGUAGAAUUAAAGGCGAUCUUAAGAGCUAAUGCGACUGUAGUAUCAGAUGUAGAUCCGAACUUUCAUUUAACUUAUCUAGAUAUUAAUGUAGGAGAACCGUGUAGAUUGGAUACAGGAUCAGCUACUAACAAACGGAUCACACCACACGAAUGUAGAUUAAGAGAUAUUACUUAUUCGGCACCGAUCUCCGUGACGAUUCAGUAUACUAAAGGUAACAAACGGGUCUUGAGUAAAGGGAUUCCGAUCGGAAGGAUGCCGAUCAUGCUUCGAAGUAAUAAAUGUGUUUUGACUAAUAAAUCAGAUGCUGAAUUGGCUAAGAUGACGGAAUGUCCUUUGGAUCCGGGUGGAUAUUUUGUGGUCAAAGGCACUGAGAAGGUGAUUUUGGUUCAAGAACAAUUGAGUAAGAAUCGGAUUUUGAUUGAAACUGAUUCUCGUAAAGGUACUAUUAUGGCAAGUGUGACGAGUUCUACACACGAACGGAAAUCCAAAACGUAUGUUGUGACGAAAAACUCAAAAGUAUACCUUAAACAUAAUUCGAUUCAAGAAGAAAUCCCAGUCGUGAUUGCCUUGAAAGCAUACGGCAUCACAUCAGAUAAUGAAGUGGUUCAAUUAGUGUGUGGAAACAAUGAUGAUUAUCGUUCGACGUUUUCGAUUUGUAUAGAACAGUGUCAUGAAGCUGGAAUUUAUACACAAAAACAAGCAUUAGAAUAUAUAGGUAAAAGUGUCAAAGUGAUGAAGAAAGGACCUAUGGUGACGGUCAAGAGACCUUUAUCAGAAGAAGCAUUAGAAGUCUUAUCGACGGUCGUCUUGGCACAUGUCCCUGCUGAGAAUAUGAAUUUACAACCUAAAGCUUUGUAUUUGGCGGUGAUGGCUAGACGUGUGAUUCAAGCUAUGGCUAAUCCAAAGUUGGUGGAUGAUAGAGAUUAUGUUGGGAAUAAACGUCUUGAACUGGCAGGUCAACUAUUGUCUCUCUUGUUUGAAGAUCUUUUCAAAAAGUUUAAUACCGAUUUAAAGAUGAAUAUCGAUAAGAUUUUAAAAAAACCGAAUCGGACUACUGAAUUUGAUGCGAUUAAUCAAUUUCGAAUGCAUGGUGAUCAUAUUUCACAUGGAUUCAUUAGAGCUAUCUCCACUGGAAAUUGGUCGAUCAAACGAUUCAAAAUGGAGCGAGCUGGGAUCACACAUGUUUUAAGUAGAUUAAGUUAUAUUUCAGCUUUAGGAAUGAUGACUCGAAUCUCGAGUCAAUUUGAAAAAACUCGAAAAGUGAGUGGUCCUCGAGCUUUACAACCAAGUCAAUGGGGUAUGCUUUGUCCUAGUGAUACACCUGAAGGAGAAGCAUGUGGAUUAGUAAAGAAUUUGGCUCUCAUGACGCAUAUUACGACGGAUGUAGAUGAAGAACCGAUUUGGAAUGUGGCUUAUACAAUUGGAUGUGAAGAUAUUAGUUCGGUGACCGGUACUGAACUUUAUUUACCUAGACAUUAUAUUGUGUUUAUUAAUGGAAACAUCUUGGGUUUGAGUCGAUCACCUGAAAGGUUUGUAAAAGUCUUUAGACAGUUUAGAAGGGCAGGACAAGUUUCUGAAUUUGUGAGUAUUUAUAUGAAUUCAGAUCAACAAACUGUGAAUAUUGCAACAGAUGGAGGUCGGAUUUGUAGACCUAUGAUUAUUGUAGAUCAUGGUGUACCUAGAGUUACGAGUUCUCAUAUUCAGUUACUCAAAGAGAACAAAAUGUGUUUUGAUGAUUUUUUGACGGCAGGCUUGAUUGAGUAUUUAGAUUGUAAUGAAGAGAAUGAUUCAUUUAUUGCUUUAUAUGAAGAAGACGUUGAUCAAUUCACUACACAUCUCGAGAUCGAACCUUUUACUUUACUGGGUGCAGUGGCUGGAUUGAUUCCUUAUCCACAUCAUAAUCAAUCACCUCGUAAUACAUAUCAAUGUGCCAUGGGAAAACAAGCGAUUGGAGCGAUUGCUUAUAAUCAAUUACAUCGGAUCGAUACUUUAUUAUAUUUAAUGGUUUAUCCUCAUCAUCCGAUGGUCAGAACCAAAACGAUCGAAUUAGUUGGUUAUGAUAAAUUACCGGCUGGACAGAAUGCUACGGUGGCGGUGAUGUCUUACUCUGGUUAUGAUAUUGAAGAUGCAUUGAUUUUGAAUAAAGCUUCAUUGGAUCGAGGGUUUGGUAGAUGUCAAGUGUUUAGGAAAGCUACUGCGAUGAUCAAACGAUAUCCUAAUGGAACUUAUGAUCGGAUUGCAGAUCCACCUAGAGAUACAGAUGGCCAGAUUUUAGAAAAAUGGAAACCUUGUGAUGAAGGAGGUGUAGCAGAUGUAGGAAUGAAAGUCUUUAGUGGGAAUGUGUAUGUGAAUAAACAAACGCCUUCGAAUGCGAAUGAUAAUUCGGUGGCAGGUGGAGCGGCAACGGUGACGGCUUGGAAUAAUACACCGAUGACGUAUCGAGGAACGAUUCCAAGUUAUAUUGAUAAAGUUUUGGUUACUGAUACUGAAAGUGAUCAAACAUUAGUGAAAGUCUUACUUCGACAAACUAGAAGACCUGAAUUAGGUGAUAAGUUUUCAUCUAGACAUGGACAGAAAGGAGUUUGUGGAUUGAUUGUACAACAGGAAGAUAUGCCAUUCAACGAUCAUGGAUCUUGUCCUGAUAUCAUCAUGAACCCACAUGGUUUUCCAUCUCGAAUGACCGUCGGAAAGAUGUUAGAGCUUUUGAGUGGUAAGGCAGGAGUCUUGAGAGGUACGGUGGAGUAUGGAACGGCUUUUGGUGGGAGUAAAGCGGUGGAGAUGUCCAAGAUCUUGAUUGAACAUGGGUAUAGUUAUUUAGGUAAAGAUUAUUUGACCAGUGGGAUCACGGGACAAGCUUUAGAACAUUAUGUGUUUAUGGGACCGAUUUAUUAUCAAAAGUUGAAGCACAUGGUAUUAGAUAAGAUGCAUGCAAGAGCACGUGGACCUAGAGCUGUACUGACACGACAACCUACUGAAGGAAGAUCAAGAGAUGGAGGACUUCGAUUAGGAGAAAUGGAACGAGAUUGUUUGAUUGCACAUGGUGCUAGUCAACUUUUACUUGAACGUUUGAUGAUCUCAAGUGAUGCGUUUGAAUUAGAUGUUUGUCAAGAUUGUGGUUUUAUGGGAUAUAGUGGUUGGUGUGUACGUUGUAAGAAUGGAAAAUCAGUGACUAAGAUUACGAUUCCAUAUGCUUGUAAAUUAUUGUUUCAAGAAUUAAUGGCAAUGAAUAUUGCACCUCGAUUAGUACUUGAAAAUGCGAUAAAAUAAAUCGAUUCAAGGUUUUUUUGUGAUACAUUUUUUUAUACAAUUUGGGCUUGAGAUUUUUUGUUUUAUUGCACAAUACGUAUAUUUAUGAUUUUCAUGUUAUACAUUUGUUUGAAGGUUUAGAAAGGCUUCUGCCACUUUUACUUGACGCUUAUUAUUACUGUGCAUCAGACCAGUGGGGGACACGUUCCUGCAUUAUAAUGAAUUGUCAUUGAAUGAGGUC